AUGGCCGCUAAUAACAAUGUCAUACCCACACUGCAAGACAUAGCUGGUAGGAUAGCUCUAAGAGAGAAAAGGCUCAACCCAAGGCCGAAGACAUUGACAGAAAAAGAGAUGCUCACUUAUGAUUACUUUGGAUUCCAAGUAGCUACUAAAAUCUACAACAUUUGGAAACACAGUGUGAAGAAAUCAUUGACAAGGCUAUGCCGAAUUGAGUUGGUAGCACACCUCGAAUUAUCGCCCUCCCCAACUUCACCUGAGGAUAUAAAACUGUGUCUAUCCGAUCCUGCUGAUUUGUAUCAGGCACGUGGGUAUAGUCUGUCUCAUCUGUACCUGAGUGGAACGGGAAUAUGUUCAACCAUAUGUACUAGAAAGAUCGGCGCCGCUUUCCGAAACCUCAAAUGUCUCAAAUUCGUUGGAAUAACGACGAGUCCUAGGGAUAUCGAUAAACUUUGUGGGAGAUUACCGAGACUCAUUCAAUUGAAUAUCAGCGAGACGAAAGUUCCAAAGAUCACCAAUAUGGGUUCAAUGACGAGUCUGAAGUUCCUUAUCAUGAGAGAUAUCAUAAGCUGUCCGCGUGAAACUUGGAUAAAUCUGGGGAGUGCUCCUCAAUUGGAAUAUCUAGAUAUAUCGCAACAAACAUCCCGUCGUCACUUAUUACCAGAUAUCACUCAAGAUUUCUUGUCUUCAGGAGCAGUUCUGAGGAGACUGAAAACUUUGGAUUGUUCAAAAACCAAAGUUACUGAAGAAUGUUUAACUCAACUGAAAAGAAGACAUGACGCCUUGAAAACUGUUAUUGUUCUGGACGUUGAAGCGGUGAAAUCAGCUGAUAUCGAUGGCCUCUUCCUUGUGAACACUGCGACACUAAAACAAUCUCUGUAUGCGAUGAAAUACUGCACACUGUUAAGACGGAAAUCAGAUCUUAAAUAUGUUAUCAGAGACAUUCUCGAGUUGCACAUGAAAGAUAAUUCACUUCAAAGUCUCAGUGAUAGAGUGGAUAAGUAUCUUCAUUGGAUCCACAGAAUUAUGGAUGAAUUUUCCGACGAGAAUGACAUGAUGCAAUUAAGCAUUCUCUUGUGGAAUCAGUUGUGUAAUGCGGCUUGUGGAGAAGUGAAUGUUCUUGACCGUGCUCCCUUCGAGACUGACAUGAAUCGAUUCGGAGAUCACAUGCUCCUGGCGAUGGACAUGUUCAAAUCCUCGACUCCGGAGAACAUUCAUGUCUUGUUGUGGGAUACGAUGAAAUUUGGAGCACACUCUGAUGCUUUUAGGCCUAUGGAUCCCGAUAUUUUCUGCUAUAUUUCUGCUAUCUAUAUAACAGCUGUGUGGGAAAGAUGCGAGAACUCAGAAUACAGUAGCUUAUCUUGUUUGAAUAACGUUCAACGACCUAUUGAAGUGAUGCUGGCAUGUACCAAAAAAGCGAAAGAAGAAUUCGAUCCGUCAAAAGAAGGUGACAAAACCACCCCGUUGGCAGAGGACUAUCUGGAUUUAUUCUUCAAAGAAUUAUUCUGGUUUUUCGAUAUGCACAGUGGAAUAGUUAGAGAUGAUGGAAAGUGUGAGGGAUAUACAAUGAUAUGCACUAUUUUCAUAAAGUUGAUGCGCCGGAGUGAAAAAUUACGAGAGAAACUACAUGGCAUUGGAGCUAUUGAACAACUAUUGAACCACUUGAGAGUAAUGAGAACCGAAGAAGUUUUGGAAAAAAUGACAACUCAAAAACAGAACAUACCCAAGGUACAAAGAAAAGUGACUAAAAUGAUAAGAGAGAUCUGUAUACUUCCUGAUAUCAUGGAUCUCGGGGCAACCAUCUUCGAUACACGGUUAUUAAUAAAUAUAAUGAACGAUGAAAAUACCGACGUGAAUAAUGAGUUCUAUGUCGCAUCGAUUUGUUCUACUUAUGCAUUCUGUCUGGAAUUAAAAGGAGUUGAAAGUGCGGAAGAAGACAUGAUUGAGUAUUUGAACGCCCGUGCUCUCGGAUUAAGUAAAGAAUCCGAAUUUUCAUGCUGCAAUGUGAAUGUGGAUGCAUAUCUUAAGAAUUCAAUUGUUCAGGAAAUCCUUCAGCGCUCGAAGAUAACCGGUGUGGUUUAUUGGGCUAUGGAGGUGAUUGCGAUACUAAUCAACCAAGGGCAUAAUCCCUCUCUUUCAUAUAAACGUUCUCUUCCUCCUCUUUUUCCAUUUGUUCAAAAUUAUGAGACUGAUGAUGAAGUAUUAUUGAAGAUGAAGGCAAACGUGCUGGAAUGGGCUGAUUGA